CCGCUCGGCUGGUGGUGAGACCCGACCGGCUGUCACCCAUUGUGGCACCGAUGCUGGUGGCGCCCAGGCGUGACCCCGCCCCCGCCGGCCGUCACCCAGCCCCGUGGCGAUAAUCGAUUGUCUAUAGGGGCAGCGCCGCCGCUCCUGGGGCUACGAAGGGGAAGAGUGGGCACCACGCCUGGUUCCCUGACCUGCAUAGUAGGGGCCUAGGCAUCUCCCAGAAAGGGAAACUGGGUUGAGGACCUCUCUUCUCUGGUCCAGGGCCAGUAUCUCCUUCCUAACCUGACCGGAAGGCCACGUGCUGGGGGUCCAGGGACAUCGACAAGCAGUACGUUGGCUUUGCCACACUGCCCAACCAGGUGCACCGAAAGUCAGUGAAGAAGGGUUUUGACUUCACCCUCAUGGUGGCCGGUGAGUCGGGCCUGGGGAAGUCUACUCUUGUCCACAGUCUCUUUCUGACUGACCUAUACAAGGACCGGAAGCUUCUGAGUGCUGAGGAGCGCAUCAACCAGACAGUUGAAAUCCUGAAACACACUGUUGACAUUGAGGAGAAGGGAGUCAAGUUGAAGCUCACCAUUGUGGACACACCUGGCUUUGGGGAUGCUGUGAACAACUCUGAGUGUUGGAAACCCAUCACCGACUAUGUGGACCAGCAGUUUGAGCAGUAUUUCCGAGAUGAAAGUGGCCUCAACCGGAAGAACAUCCAAGACAACCGGGUGCACUGCUGCCUGUACUUCAUCUCCCCCUUUGGACACGGACUGCGGCCAGUAGAUGUGGGUUUCAUGAAGGCCCUGCAUGAGAAGGUGAACAUCGUUCCACUAAUCGCCAAAGCUGACUGCCUGGUUCCCAGUGAGAUCCGGAAGCUGAAGGACAGGAUACGGGAAGAAAUUGACAAGUUUGGGAUCCAUGUGUACCAGUUUCCGGAAUGUGACUCAGAUGAAGAUGAAGACUUUAAGCAACAGGACCGGGAACUGAAAGAAAGUGCGCCCUUCGCUGUUAUUGGCAGCAAUACGGUGGUGGAGGCAAAGGGGCAGCGGGUCCGGGGACGACUGUACCCCUGGGGGAUCGUCGAAGUGGAGAAUCAGGCACACUGCGAUUUUGUGAAGCUUCGAAACAUGCUAAUCCGAACUCACAUGCAUGACCUCAAGGAUGUGACAUGCGAUGUGCACUACGAGAAUUACCGUGCACACUGCAUCCAGCAGAUGACCAGCAAACUCACACAGGACAGCCGUAUGGAGAGCCCCAUCCCGAUCCUCCCACUGCCCACCCCGGAUGCCGAGACAGAGAAGCUUAUCAGGAUGAAGGAUGAAGAGCUAAGACGCAUGCAGGAGAUGUUGCAGAAGAUGAAGCAGCAAAUGCAAGACCAGUGACACCCAACCCCAGGCCCACAACGCCAAGGAUAGACGGCGGUUCUCGGGCUGGCCCCUCUUACCCCUGGAUCCCAGACUGCCCUGGAUUCUACCCUGGGUUCAUCUGGAUCUCAGACGGCCUGGACCUAACCCUAACCCAAAGUGGCUUUGACCAGACUGUUCAGAGCCACAGCCCCCAGAUGACCCUAAUUUAUUCUCAGUACCCACCCUUCCUGGUCAUUUGUAUCUGCUUCUGAGUGGUCUAAACCACAAUCCCUCUCCCAACUUCCUGCUGCCCCCAAACCCCCCCCCCGCUCCCACCAACCUUGCACUUCCCGCCUAUCUUAAGGGAACAAGUUGUGCAUUAUCCCCAAGAUCUCUCUUCCUAAGAGGUCACUGCCCCAGCGGGCCAAUAAACCAGGGUAGAGGAGGGACAGGACGUGGAUGCAGGAUUCUGGGCCUAUUACCCAAGCUAGUACUGCAGAGUGGAAUUGGAAGGCCCAUUCUGCAGGUUCCAGUGGGCAAUGAAGCAUAUGCUAAUGCUACUAUGUGCAGAUGUAGGCCGGAUCUUCCCUCACUCCUUAACCAUUCUCUGUUCAGGGCCAGAGCACAUGGAUUUGGAGACUGAGGCCUUUAGGAAGAACCCAGACCUAGAUGCAUCUAGGAGGAAGGCCAGACUUGAAACUCUAGACUGCUCACGCUUCUUCCUGGGUCAACCUGAAGGACUCCAGAGGCAGCAGGAAAGGGGUGUCACCUAUGGCUAGACGACUUUCAUCUACUUUUGGGUUAAGGUCUUCUCCCAGCAGCAUUGUUGCACUGGGAUUCCAGCCAUUGGCCUCCAUCUCUCCACCCGCAUGAUCCCUCCUUACACACCCCAUUCUCCGUUUUUGUUCAGUUGAGAAUGCCGUGUCCUGUCCUGGUGACAGGAGAACAAAGUUGGUGAAUGUA